UAACCAGGUCAUAGAUUAACAUUCAAAACCGUUAAAUAUCAGAAUUAAACAAUCAGCCUCAAACUACCAAACUUUACCUUUGCAGUCUGUGUACCUUUAGAUAAAGUUGUAGAUAAUGGUAAAAUAAAAUCUAUAGUAAAGCCAGCCUUAGGUUUUUUCUCUCUCUCUCACCGUUUUGCUUCUGUGUGAGAGAGUAUUAUAAAUUUUCCAUGAUUUGAGUAAUAAUACAAACAUGUGAGACAAUGUGAAGCAUAUUGUGGCAUAAAGUUGUUUUAUAUAUAUUGUUUUAUUUAUCAAAUUUAGAAUUUGCCUCAGUUUAUGUGUCUAAAACAACUGAAAUUUAGUAAAUUGCAAAGUAUUGCACAUUUUUGGGGAAAAUAAUUUUACAGUUGUGAUGUCUUCUUAGGAAUUAUGACUUCAUUCAUUUGUUGAGUUCAUGUUAAGUUGUACUUAUGUCAAUUUUAUUCAACUGCCAAACUUGAGUCUUGAUUAUUAUUGUUCAAAUGAACUUCAAAACAAGCCAAAGGCUUCAAAUAAAAACAAACUGCAAAAUUAUAUGGAACAGGAGUUGAAAAACAGACGCCAUGUGUACAAUGAUAAUGGUUUCCGUUAGCAACGUCUUAUGUUAUUGAUUCAAUACAAGUUCUUUUAUGCAUUUACAGAGGUUACUUUAGCUUCUUUAUUAGUUUGUUGUAAAUUCAGUUGAUUUUGACUGUUAAACGUUUCAACGGGAGCAUGAGCAAAGAAGAAGACCAACGAAGCAAAAAGUUGAAAGAUGUCGGAACAGAAGUCCUGAGGCUUCUGAAGGGUGAACAGCAGGCGGUGGAGAAAGUGAGGGUCCAAGCUGAGGUGUACAAGGUCCAGAAGUUAGCCACACAAUUUCUGGACAAACUGACCUUCACGAUGUGCUUACCUCAACUGAUCGGGUUGAGUUUCAAGAUGAUCGCAAUGCACGUAACAUACCAGGAAUUGAUGUUCAUCAAGAACACGAUGAGGAACAUCAGCUUAAAGGGUUGUUCGAUAAUGGGCGGCGAAGAUCACUACGGUGCAGGUCGGAAGAGCCACUUCGUCACGGCUUCAUCCGCUAGCAGCAUCGAGAAGUUUUACGCCAAUUACCCGGUGCACAAGGAAAACAUCACCAACAAGUCAAUUGAAGAUUUAUGGAUCUGUGCCGAUAUGCUUUACAACAAGCCAGAAGUGCAGAAGCUCUGCACCGAAAAUAUGCUUUCUCAGCUCCCUCCACACGUCAGGAACUGCAUUUGGAAGCUGGAAGUGCUUAUAGCCGAGGUGCUCCUCAAAAUGCUCCGGAACCCGAAGGCCGAGGACGAAGGUGAGGAGGGUUUGGCCGAGAAGUUCACGCGAUGUGAAAAUCUGCCCGAGGAAAUAUCCGAGGUGGUGUCAGAGAUCCGCCCGACCGUUGAAAACAACGCGGUCGAGGUACAGCGAGGCUGGCAGCAGAUUUCCGCCCUGGAAAAGCAGAAGGAAAAGCUGAAAGUCUUCUGCCGCAAUUCGAUGCUCAAACACGCUAAAGAAAUGGAAACGAAGAUGGCUGCUGAUAGAAAAGCAAGCGAGAAGAAGCAGGAAGUUAUUUUAAGUGCAGUUAAUGAAAUUAAAAACAAACACGAACGGACGAGGGAUGAAAAUCUGAAAAAAGAAAAAGACCUUAGGAAUGAAAGAAAUAAAAUAGAUGAAAAGCUUAAGGAAAUCAUAAACCAGUACAAUAAAGAUAUGAAAAAAAAAGAAAUCAUCCUGGAUAAACUAAUGUGCAGUUACGAAAAAGAGACGGCAACGCUCAACGAGCUUACGGCGGUAUUCGAGGAACAAAAGGCGAGGUACGAUGAGCUGAUGCAGGAAAAAGCCGACUAUGAACGGUCGGUCUGGGACGCCAAAUUGUACGAGGUGCAGAAGAAAAUCGCCGCUAGGAAGAUUCAGAGGUUCUACAGAUCCUACUUGGCCAUCAUGUUGGCCCACGGCAAAAGGGGAAAAAGAGGAAGAGGGAAAAGGAGGAAAUAACGGAACUGAUCAUUCCCUACUACUAAAUCACUUAUUACUCGAUUUAGUUGAUCAAAAAAUGUUGUUUUGUAGCAAUUUGUUCUGAUCAUGAUAUACAUACAUUGUUCGUUUUUAUGAACAAACUAUCAUUAUUUGAACAAAACCAUUAUGAGUGCAAGUUUUUAGCUUUUUAUUUAAAAAAUCCUGCAGUUUUCCCAUAGUCAUGACCGUCAUAAUAACAAACAAGAAGCUGUCCAUCAACAGCUGAAUUGAUUGUUACGGUUACUUCACUACAUUUUAAAUAUUUUAAAAAUCCAUUAGAUGUCGUGGUCCG